AUGAGUUUGAGGUUUUUAAGAGGCUCCCAAGACAAAGAAAAGAAGCAAGUUGAAGUAGUCAACAAGGAGUACGAGUUUGAUUCAGACAGUUCAUCUGAGUUAGAACAUAUAUUUCAAGAUCCGGUUGUUGCUGAACACUAUAAGCAGAUCUACGAUAAUUGUAAUUAUGAGUGUAGGGAACACUUUGAUCCUGAAUUUACAUGGACUGCUGAGGAAGAAAAAAAGGUGGUGUGGAAAAAUGACUGGUAUGUUACGUUCUGGGCAUUCUUUAUGUUCACAGCCUUGGAUUUUGACAGAAAUAAUAUUUCUCAGGCUUUGUCAGAUAAUAUGCUCGAUGACUUGGGAAUGAGUACAAAUGACUAUAAUGUUGGUAAAACUAUAAACUUAGUGUGUUUUCUUGCAGCGGAGUUACCAUCUCAAUUACUUUCUAAGAAGGUUGGACCAGAUAUUUGGAUUCCAUCUCAAAUAGUCUUAUGGAGUAUUGUUUCGAUGUCACAGGCAGCUAUCACAAACAAAGCAGGGUUCUAUGUUACAAGAGGUCUUUUAGGUGCCCUUCAAGGUGGUUUCAUUUGUGACAUUUGUUUAUGGAUGUCUUACUUCUAUACAUCCAAGGAAUUUCCAUUCCGCUUGUCUUUGUUUUAUAUUGCUAAUCCCUUGACGGCGGUGUGGUCAAGUUUAUUAGCGUUCGCGUUAUUGAAGAUUAAAACCAACGCUUUGCCUGAAGGUUGGAAGUGGUUAUUUCUCCUUGAAGGAUUAUUUACGUUGCUUAUUGGCUUGGUUUCGUUUUUCAAGAUGCCUGCCUCAGCUGUUCAAACCAAGACCUGGUUCCGGAAAAAUGGAUGGUACACCGAUAGAGAAGAAAAAAUUGUUGUAAAUAGAGUCUUACGUGACGAUCCAACCAAGGGAGAUAUGAAUAAUAGACAGCCAGUCAGCCUCAAAGAAUUGAUCAGAAGUUUGAUGGAUUUCGAUUUAUGGCCAGUUUAUCUUAUUAGACUUUUAGGUGAUAUUGGUGCUACACCAACUAGUAAUUAUUUGACUUUAACACUUAGAAAAUUAGGGUUUUCAACAUUCAAGACUAACGCAUUGAGUAUUCCAUACAAUAUAUUAACGAUAAUUACCAUGCUUGUUUCAGGGUACAUGUCGGAGGUCCUUAAUAGCAGAGCUCUAGUUUUAGCAACUAUUCCAAUAUGGAUUCUUACAGCUUUGUUUCCAUUAAGAUACUGGCCUGGUUCUCAAGUUGAUGCAUGGGGGACAUUUGCCAUACUUACAAUUGUGCUAGGAGCAUGUCCUACGUGGCCACUUACCAUAUCCUGGUGUUCAGCUAAUUCUAAUUCUGUUAGAAAUCGUGCAGUUUCUGCUGCUGUUGUUAAUGUAUUCUCUCAAACUGCUGCCAUUAUUGCAGCAAAUAUAUACAGAGAAGAUGAUGCACCAUUGUACCACAGAGGAAAUGAACAGUUGAUAGGAUGUGCCUUUGGUGCUUUGGGUGCUUGUAUUUUUGCAAGAUUUUACUACAUAUUCAGGAAUAAGCAGAAGGAUAGGGCAUGGAACGCAUUAACAAUUGAACAACAAGAAGAUUAUGUUAAGAAUACUACUGAUGAUACAAACAAGCGUCUUGACUUUAAGUUCGCUUAUUGA